AUGGCACACAGCAGGACAUUGUCUACAGAAGAUUCUUGGGAAAAUUUCAAAGAAUACCAUAUAGAUGAAAAAGUGGGCUUCGCUCUGCCAGAUCCACUGGAGGAGCUACCUUACCCUUAUGAUCAAUGGAUUUUCAUUGCUAGAAACCUGCCUGAACUGAUUGAGAAAAAUGAACUACGUAACGAAGUUGAGAAGUUAAAACUGCUCAGUAUUGAUGGUCUCAAAAACCACAAAUCACAGCGCCUUGCACAUCUGGUCCUGGGAUAUAUCACCAUGGCGUAUGUGUGGAAUCAAGGCGGUGAAGAUGUUCGUAAGGUCCUGCCAAAAAAUAUUGCUAUUCCUUACUGUGAACUCUCUAAGAAGCUGGAUCUGCCUCCCAUUCUGGUUUAUGCAGACUGUGUCUUGGCAAACUGGAAGAAAAAGGACCCCAGUGGGCCCAUGAUUUAUGAGAACAUGGACAUUCUGUUUUCAUUUCCUGGUGGAGACUGUGGUAAAGGAUUUUUCCUGGUUUCUCUGUUGGUGGAAAUAGCAGCGGCUUCUGCAAUCAAAGUAAUUCCCGAUUUACUAAAUGCAGUAAAAUGUGAGGACCAGAAAACUUUGCAACAGGCACUGCGUUAUAUAUCUUCUUGUCUGAAACAAGCCCGCGAAGAGUUUCAGCAAAUUCAUGACUACGUGGACCCAAGCACAUUUUUCAAUGUUCUUCGCAUAUAUUUGUCUGGCUGGAAAGGCCACGCCCUGCUGCCAGAGGGUCUGAAGUACGAAGGUGUCUGGGAUACCCCAAAGAAGUUUGCAGGGGGUAGUGCAGCCCAAAGCAGCAUUUUCCAAUGUUUUGAUGUUCUGCUGGGCAUCCAGCAGAGUUCUGGUGAAGAAUUUGCUUCCAAAUUCCUUCAUGAAAUGAGAGAAUAUAUGCCGUUAGCUCACCGGAAAUUUCUUCAGACAUUAGAGUCAGCCCCCUCAGUCCGUCAGUUUGUUCUUUCAAAAGGUGAUGCUGAACUGCAGGCAGAUUAUAAUGAAUGUGUGAAAGCUAUGGUUGCUCUGCGAAGCUACCAUUUGUUUAUAGUAGCCAAGUACAUCGUGAAACCUUCAAAGAAACAGAAGGGGAGAAACUCAACAUCUGAAGAAUCAUCAGAACCUGAAAAUAAAGGAACUGGAGGCACUAGUGUCAUUCCUUUCCUGAAGAGUAUUAGAUGCACAACUGAGAAAUUCCUGCUGAAGCGUGACUAA